CGCCUCCCAGUUCUAGGCUCUGGUGCAGGGGGAUUGUUCUUUUCAUUGGCCCUUGCGCUAGCUGGCGUUCGGCUUGCUCCUACCUCGGAUCGUCCCGGAGGCGGGGAUGGGCUGUGCCGAGGCUCCUAGGAGCUCCCAGGGAGGGGCGAAGGCUUGGUGAUAGCUACACUAGUAACCAGAACAAUAACAAACGUGAAGGGGAUGCCGGGUGGUGUCGCUACCCGAAGGGAGCCCCUGGCCCAUCAGCCCCGCAGCGCCUAGGCUGCCCCGUCCAGCUUCAGCUCCUCCUCCCGGCGCUGUCCGGCGUCCCGGGAUUAUCCAUGUCCUAGGGAAGGCUUCUUUCCUGACCCUCUCAGUGGCGGUGACUUUCGUUUGCAGGUGGAUAUUAUAAAUAUUCGACCUUACUCAAAAUGUACAAAGAAGAAUAAUGGAAGCCCCUGAAUACCUUGAUUUGGAUGAAAUCGACUUUAGUGAUGACAUUUCUUAUUCAGUCACAUCUCUCAAGACCAUCCCAGCACUGUGCAGAAGAUGUGACUCACAGAACGAAGACAGACCAGUUUCUAGCUCUAGCUGGAAUUGUGGUGUCUCAACUCUCAUUACAAACCCGCAAAAGCCCACUGGAAUCGCUGAUGUAUACAGUAAGUUCCGCCCGGUGAAGCGAGUUUCUCCACUGAAACAUCAGCCAGAGACUCUGGAGAGCAAUGAAAAUGACGACCAGAAGAACAAUACAGUGGAAUACCAGAAAGGGGGGGAGACUGACCAGGGCCCCCAGCCUGAGGAGCUCAGCCCUGAAGAUGGAGUCGGGGGCUUGCCAGGCAAGGGCUCAGAGCCCAGCCAGGCACUGGGUGAGCUGGAGCACUAUGACCUCGACAUGGAUGAGAUUCUGGAUGUGCCUUACAUUAAAUCCAGUCAACAGCUGGCCCCGCUCACCAAGGUGACUUCAGAGAAAAGGAUUUUGGGUUUAUGCACAACUGUCAAUGGCCUCUCUGCCAAAACCUGCCCUAUUGUAAGCACUGAGACCGCCACACCCAACAUGGCUCCAUUGUGUGUUCUUUCUCCUGUGAAAAGCCCUCACUUACGGAAAGUACCCACUGUCCUCCGGGACCAGCACAAGCUCCCUACGGAAGAAUCGGAGAACUCUCCCGCUCCUGGUAAAUGUGGCCCUGCAUAUGAAUCAGAAAACCACAGUAAGGACUUCUUAAAUAAGGUCUUUAGUGAUCCCCAUAGUCGGAAAGUUGAGAAGUCUGGGCCAGACUGCAAGCUCAGGCCCUUCCACCUGCAGACCUCGGCAGCAGGAGCCAAAGCAGAGGAGCAGGUCAACGGCAUGAGCUGGGCCAGUGCCCAAGGCGCAGAAGAAAGGACUGAGUACCUGAAGAAAGUAAGAAGCAUACUGAACAUUGUGAACGAAGGGCAGAUAUCGCUCUUGCCACACCUAGCUGCAGACAAUCUGGACAAAAUUCACGACGAGAACGGAAACAAUCUGUUACACGUUGCUGCGUCAAAGGGCCAUGCAGAAUGUCUGCAGCACCUCACGUCGCUGAUGGGUGAAGACUGUCUGAAUGAACGGAACGCAGAGCAACUGACUCCAGCGGGCCUGGCCAUCAAGAAUGGUCAGCUGGAGUGUGUACGCUGGAUGGUGAGUGAGACGGAAGCCAUUGCGGAACUGAGCUGUUCCAAGGAUUUCCCAAGCCUCAUUCAUUACGCAGGCUGCUAUGGGCAGGAAAAGAUUCUUCUGUGGCUUCUUCAGUUCAUGCAAGAACAAGGCAUCUCAUUGGAUGAAGUAGAUCAGGAGGGCAACAGUGCUGUUCAUGUCGCCUCACAACAUGGCUACCUUGGAUGCAUACAGACCCUGGUGGAAUAUGGAGCAAAUGUCACGAUGCAGAACCACGCUGGGGAAAAGCCCUCCCAGAGUGCCGAGCGGCACGGCCACACCCUGUGUUCCCGGUACCUCGUGGUGGUAGAGACCUGCAUGUCACUGGCCUCACAAGUGGUAAAGUUGACCAAGCAGCUAAAGGAGCAGACAGUGGAGCGCGUCACACUUCAGAGUCAACUCCAACAACUUCUAGAAGCCCAGAAAUCAGAGGGCAAGUCCCUCCCAUCUUCACCCAGUUCACCCUCCUCACCAGCUUCUAGAAAGUCCCAGUGGAAAAUUCUAGAUGCAGAUGACGAGUCUACAGGCAAAAGCAAACUGGGAACCCAGGAGGGAAUACAAGUCCUUGGAAGCUUAUCAGUCUCCAGCAGGGCUAGGACCAAAGGAAAAGACGAAGACUCUGAUAAAAUCCUACGUCAGUUAUUGGGGAAAGAAAUAUCAGAGAAUGUCUGCACCCAGGAAAAGCUGUCAUUGGAAUUCCAGGAUGCUCAGGUAUCCUCUAGGAAUUCGAAAAAAAUACCUCUAGAGAAGAGGGAACUGAAGCUAGCCAGACUUCGGCAGCUGAUGCAGAGAUCUUUGAGUGAAUCUGACACGGAUUCAAACAACUCUGAGGACCCCAAAAAUACUCCUGUGAAAAGAGUGGACAGACCUAGACCACAGCCCAUUGUGGAAAGUGUGGAGAAUGUGGACAGCGCAGAAAGCUUACACCUGAUGAUAAAGAAACACUCUGUGGCAUCAGGACGCAGGUUUCCUUUUGGUAUGAAGGCCUCCAAAUCCCUGGAUGGGCACAGCCCAUCUCCCACUUCAGAAAGCAGUGAACCAGACUUGGACUCCCAUUGCCCAGGCCUGGGGAUGACUCCUCCAACCCAGCCUUCUACAGAAGCCACUCAGUGCAGUCCUGACAGUGCCGCUGCCCAGAAAGUUGCUACAAGCCCCAAGAGUGCCCUCAAGUCUCCAUCAUCCAAGCGCCGGACAUCCCAAAACUCAAAACUGAGAGUGACCUUUGAGGAGCCUGUCGUGCAAAUGGAGCAAACUAGCCUUGAACUAAAUGGAGAAAAAGACAAAGAGAGGGGCAGGGCCCCCCAGAGGACUAGUGAGUCAGGAGAACAAAUGAAAAGGCCUUUUGGAACCUUCCGAUCCAUCAUGGAGAGUUUAAGUGGUAAUCAGAACAACAAUAAUAACUACCAGCCAGCCAGCCAGCUGAGGACCUGCACACUACCCUUGACGUCACUUGGAAGGAAGACAGCAGAUGCCAAGGGAAACCCUGUGAGCCCUGCUAGCAAGGGAAAGAAUAAGGCAGCGAUGUACAGCAGCUGCAUUCAUCUUCCCUCUAAUGCGCUGGUCGAAGAGCAUCUGCGUGAUUAUGCACGGCUUAAUGACAUCAAAAGAAACACGAAGAAAACCUACAACAUAAAGCACAUUGCUGAACCAGAGCCAAAGGAACUCUUCUUAUAAAUUACUCUUAGCGUGAGUCUCACACAUGCCCUCUGGCCACCGUUGGGAGUUAAUGGACUAUCCACUGUGGCAAUCAGACCAUGAGAACGACACCUCACCAGCUGAGCAGAAUAUCUGGAUGCCUUAAAUUUAUAAUAUGAGACUUGUUAUAAGAUACAUUUUGGACCAUAUCUGUACAUAGAACUUGUUUGAUUUCUUUUUUAAUAUGCUGUUUGAAAACAUGAUCAGGCAAUGUAUGCAUUGACACAUUGGACAUUUGAUUGAGUCGACCUUCUCGAAGCACAUCCACCAGCACCUGACACGACUAGUGUUUUUGUGAAUUGCAUGAGGAUUUGCUGAUGUUGAUUAGAUGUUCACCUUCUUCGUAACAAGGGCAGCUGCUGCUCAGCUCAGUGAGGCCAGGUCACUGGUUUUAUUUUCUGUCCAGUGUGUUUUUCUGUCAUUUCUACUUUUUUAAUAAAGAAAAUUAAACAUUUGUAACAGCCGACUCUGGGCAUGGGGGGCAGGGCAUCUACUUUCUAAUAAAUCUGUGAAGCGCUGAUUUCUAAAA